CACCCCCGGGCCCCCGAUUGCUUACUUUCCCGGUUGCCGAUGAGAAUACAUGCCAGCGAGGGCCGAGCCGCUCCUCCCUGUCGCGCGCCACGAGGACCGUCAGCAGCGCGCCACGAGGGCCGUCGCUGACGUCACCGUCGAGCCGCUAGUCGCCGCAGCCGAUGGCAGCAGUAGCCCUGCGGCUGUCGGCAGCAGCAGUCACGCCGAGGCGGAGCCAUCCAAGACCUUCCCGCCUCUCUUCGAACGGCCGCCGCUCUGUCUCGUGGCGUUCGCGCUCCUCCUCUCGACUGCAGUCGCACUCCUGUGCACGGUCUUCCGCGACGCUCUCGCGGUCGUGCUGCGGCAGCCGAGCGGCGAGGCGGCGGCGCUGCUGCUGCUCAAGCUGGUCUCCAUCCCGGUUGUCUCGGUCGCAUUCACCUACACCCACAUCUGGCGUCGCACUGAUUUGCCGCUCGCACUGUGGAUGACCUUCAAGCCUGUCAACUUCGUCGGCUGCCUGCGCAUUCCGCGCACGAACGUCGGCCUUGGGUGGCAGGGCAUCAUCCCCUUCAAGGCGGUGCCCUUCGCGCUCAAGGCGUGCGACAACCUCAUCCCGUCGCUCAUCUCUCCGCAGGAGUGCGUCGGCCGGGUCGAGGCUGCCGGCCUCGUGCGCGAGAAGGCCGACCCAGCUCUUCGACGGGCCGCCGAGUUCGACCAGCUGGCGGCAGACGCUGUCGACGCCGCCGUCGCCGUGGCGGCGCCGCGGCUGUGGGGGAGGUCGCCGCGGGCGGCCAAGCAGGCGGUGCUGGAGAUGGCUCGCGUGGCGACGCCUCAGAUCGUCGAGGCAGUGCUGCUCGACCUGAGGAGAGAGUCGCUCGUCGACUCGACUCUCUUCGACAUCCGCGGGCUGGUGAUCGACAUCCUCACAAACGACCCAAAGCUGGCGGUCGACACUAUGAUCGAGAUGGGGAGGCCCGAGCUGCAGUUCAUCCGCAACAGCGGCGCGCUGAUGGGCGGCGCGUUCGGCCUCGUCCAGCUGGCGAUCUGGGCGGCGUGGCCGCAGCGCGCGGUCGCUAUCUUCACGAUGCCCGUCUUUGGCGCCGUCGUCUCGGCCCUAACCAACUGGCUCGCGCUGCUCAUCAUCUUCCGCCCGCUCCACCCGCACCGCCUCUGCGGCGUGACUGGCAUCUUCUUGCGCCGGCAGGCCGCCGUCGCGCGCAUCUACGCGCGCAUCAUCGCCUCCAAGGCCCUCGCACUGGGGCAGCCCACGCAGGACGGAGAGCCUCGAGAGCGGCUGCGCGAGCUCACCCGGCUGCGGACGAUGGAGGCGACCGAGGUGCCGUCCGGCGCUGACCUCGGCAAGCCGGGCACCGAGGCGUGGAGCUGGUGGCUCGUGCUCUUCGCCCGCACGCUCGGCCUCGCACCGAGAGGCACCGCCGCCGCCGACGCGGCGGUGGCCGAGCUGACGCCGCCGCCGACGCCGGCCAGCAGCGUCUGCGGCGACGACGAGGACGGCGGCGGGAGCGGCGGCGGCGAGAGCGGUGGCGGCGGUUAUAGCAGCAGUGGCGGGGGCGCAACCGCUCAGCUGUGGGACCAGGCGCGCGCGGCGGCGUCGGAGGUUGUGGUCGAGCGCAUCCCGGCGCUGCUGGAGGAGUCGGUCGAGUACGUGGAACGCUGCAUGGAUCUGAGCGAGACGCUCGCCGACCGGAUCGCGGCGCUGCCGCCGGACGUCUUCGAAAACAUGCUGCACUCGUGCUUCCAGGAGGACGAGUGGAUGCUCAUCACUCUCGGCGGCGUGCUCGGCUUCCUGAUCGGCCUCGCGCAAGCUUUCGCGCUGGGCGCGUGAGAUCGCUUCGAGCGGUAGUGGUGCGUACAAGUGCGCGGCGGCCGAAUGGUGGACGAUGCCCGACGCAGUGGUGUCGCAGCAGCACAAAACUUGUCUGGGCACUGUAAAAGUAUUUAAAUGUAUACGACUUUGGUACUGGAU